AUGGAGCUCAUCACAGUGGAGCCGCACUUAGCCCUAGAUCAUCCGUACAACGUGGCAGCUGGUGGGUCCUUCCGCGACAUCAUGGAUGCGAUCCUGACGCUCUUGCAGGUAUUCAGUAUGGAUAGCAUUGGAGGGAUUUACCGGCCGCUGAUCAAGCAGAAUUCCAUCUGCUUCGUCUAUUUUUUCCUGGCCUUACUCAUCCUCUCGAUCGCGCUGAUGAACCUGGUCACUGCAGUGAUGGUCAAUUCAUCUCUCGACCAGGCCAGCGAGGACAAAGAGGCUAAAAAGGCCUGGGAGGAUGCCAAGAGGGCCAAGCAGAUGGAGAAGCUGAAGGAGAUGUUCUUGGAGAUCGAUGAAGACGGCUCCGGCGAGUUGAGUCUGGAUGAGCUCCUCUCAGCUCCGGAAGACAUGCAGCACGAGCUCCAGGAGAUCACGGGUGGCGGAGAUCUAACGGAGCUGUUCCACCUCCUCGACUAUGAUGGUGGCGGCACCAUUGGCGUGGAGGAAUUCUGCGAGGGAGUGCUGAAGGCGACUUCGGGAGCUCCCGGCACGAUCGAGCUGUCCAGCCUCGUGAAGCAGUGCAGUGAGAUCCUGCUCAACAACCGUGAGGCCGUGACCAUUCUGAUGGACCAUGGAAGUGGCCUACAGGAGGCCAACCGGCGACGCAGCAACAGCCUGGAGACGGUGUCCAGCAGCCACAACUUGGACAAGUUAGGCUACAAGGUGACGAAGCUGGAAGAAGAGUUUGGCAAGGUCCAUGCCAACAUCUCGCAGAUCACAGAGAUACUGGCCCAACGGAUUGCCCCUCGCAGCAAGACCAUCAGCAAGAUGCAGCUGGAAUGA